UAACAAACCUCCAGCCUCUGUCUCUACCAGUGCCAGACUCUGCUCUGUUGCCGACUCUUCCUCCUCCUCCACUCGAUCACUCACUCCCAUUCCCUGAUCGUUCAAUCGCAUGGGGAAUGUGGACGCGGCGGUGCCGGCGGAGACGACGGAGUUCACGAGACGGGUGCCGGUGCCUCCGGCGCGGCCUUUCCUCGACACCUUCAGGGCCAACCUGAAAGAGACCUUCUUUCCGGACGACCCGCUCCGCCAGUUCCGCCACCAGACGGGGCCCCGCAAGCUCCUUCUGGGUCUGAAGUACUUCCUCCCCAUCAUCGACUGGGCCCCCACCUACUCCGCCUCCAUCUUCAAGUCCGACCUCAUCGCCGGGAUCACCAUUGCCAGCCUCGCCAUCCCCCAGGGCAUCAGCUACGCCAAGCUCGCCAACCUGCCUCCCAUCCUCGGUCUAUAUUCGAGCUUCGUACCGCCUCUGGUGUACGCUAUGAUGGGGAGCUCCCGCGACUUGGCCGUGGGCACGGUGGCCGUGCCCUCGCUCUUGAUCGCAUCCAUGCUGGGGAAGGAGAUCUCGCCGGCGGAGGAACCGGCACUGUACUUGCACGUAGCCUUCACUAAUUGCGAACUUUACAUUUACUGA